AUGUCCGACUUUGUCAUCAAGCCCUCCGACGAAAAGACCACCCCCGAUUACUCAAAGUGGCCAUAUCUCUUGAAAAAUUACGACCAACUUGAGAUCCGCUCUGGACAAUACACUCCAGCUUCAGCUGGUAACUCCCCAACAAACAGACCACUUAAGGAACAUCUUAAGUACGGUAUCAUCAACUUGGACAAACCCGCCAACCCAUCAUCUCACGAAGUCGUUGCGUGGUUGAAGAGAAUUUUAAAAGUCGAGAAGACUGGUCACUCUGGAACAUUAGAUCCAGCCGUCACCGGGUGCCUCAUUGUGUGCAUUGAGAGAGCUACCAGACUUGUAAAAUCGCAACAAGACGCCGGAAAGGAGUACGUCUGUGUCUGCAAAUUCCACAGCCCAAUUGAAGACGAGAAGAAGAUGGAGAUGACCAUCAAGACACUCACCGGUGCCCUCUUCCAACUUCCACCAGUCAUUGCUGCUGUUAAGAGAACCCUUAGAAUUAGAACCAUUUACAAGACUGAAGUACUUGAGAUGGAUAAGGAACAAGGACUUGCAUUGUUCAGAACUGAAUGCCAAGCCGGUACCUAUAUGAGAACCCUUUGCGUCCAUUUGGGAUAUUUGUCCGGGACCGGCGCUCAUAUGGAAGAGCUCAGAAGAGUUCGUUCUGGAAAUUUGUGUGAGAAGGAUGACAUGGUGACUCUCCAUGAUGUCAUGGAUUCCAUGUACUUGUAUGAGAACCAUGGUGAUGAAAGCUACUUGAGAUACUGCGUCAAGCCACUCGAGAAGUUACUCACAAACUACAAGAGAAUUGUUGUGAAGGAUUCCACUGUUAACGCUAUCUGCUAUGGCGCUAAAUUAAUGAUUCCGGGCCUUUUGAGAUACGCUAAGGACAUCACCAUGAACGAGAUCGUUGUCUUGAUGACUACUAAGGGUGAGGCUAUUGCCCUUGGUAUUGCUAAGAUGACCAGUGAAGAGAUGAGCAGCUGCCAAUAUGGUGUUGUUGCUGCCAUUAAGAGAGUCAUUAUGGAUAAGGACUUGUAUCCACGCAAGUGGGGACUUGGCCCAUUCGCACAACAAAAGAAGAAGCUUGUUGCUGAAGGAAAGCUUGAGAAGUAUGGAAAACCAACCGACAAAACUCCAGCAGAAUACACAAAAUCAGUCCCAUACAUCGCUCCAACAAAGAAAGGAGAAGAGGAAGCACCAAAGGGAGAGAAACCAACUGAAAAGAAGGCGGAAGUAAAGGUCGAGAAAGUCGAAAUCAAGAAAGAGCCAAAAGUCGAGAAAACUCAAGUAAAGACUGAAAUCAAGAAAGAAAAGAAAGAGGAAAAGAAGAAAGAAAGCUCAUCAAGUUCUUCGAGCAGCUCUUCAAGCAGUUCUUCGGCUUCACAGAGCUCAGACAGCUCUUCAGACUCAUCUUCUGACUCCGAAUAA